GCCGCACACAGCGAGCCGACAGGAGGGGAACUCACUGCACCCGUGGAUAUUACCACUCACUAAACCGUGGCUUCAGAGGCUGUUAUUGGAUAUUAACAUUCUUUCAGUAUUAGCGUUACAGUUUCUUCCUUCUGCUCCACCGCGCCUUUCUUUUUUCUUUUUUUCAAACCAUCUUUAUGUUCUUCUCCCCUCAUCCUUGAGCAUCCUCCCUGUACAGCCGCCUGUUCUGGCACUUGCCCGCCCGUCUUUCCCUCGCUCUCGUCGGCUUAACUUUUUCACUCGACUCCAUCCCACACUUCCCUCCUCCACAGGGUCCCCCCCACCCCCCAAAACACCCUCUUCAUAGUAUCGCGGCUCCGUCCACAGGAUCGUGAGGGACCCGUUCGAUCAGUCUUCAUCGGCACUUUUCAUGGGGCGCACGCACUCGCUCGGAAAAUGGUCCGCCGUGAGCCUCCAGUCCCCCUGCUGAAACUGCCCGCGUCCGGACUGGAGUUGGUGCGCGUCUCCGUCUUUUGCUCACCUCGCGUGACGUGCCGCCGGGGCCAGUGAGAUAGGCUAUGGGUCUCUCUGUGGCGGCAGAGGCACUCCUUGAGCCCCGACGCCUGCGCCAGUGGAGCCGGACAGCGGGCGGCUGGUUCUGGAUCACGCUCGUCUCGUUCCUCGCCACUCUACCUGUGGAGCAGCUGCGCGCCUUCCCGUCUUCCCUCAGCGACUGCCAGACGCCCACCGGCUGGAACUGCUCCGGUUUUGACGACCGGGACACGGAUUUGUUCUUGUGCGACACGAACACGUGCAAGUUUGACGGGGAGUGCCUCAGAAUUGGGGACACAGUGACAUGUAUCUGCGACUUCAAGUGCAACAAUGACUAUGUUCCAGUAUGCGGCUCUAACAAUCAGAACUACCAGAAUGAGUGUUUUCUGCGCCGGGAUGCCUGCAAGCAGCAGUCUGAAGUACUUGUGAUUUCAGAAGGUUCCUGCCCUGCUGAUGCCGGCUCAGGAUCAGGAGAUGAUGCAGGAGGGGAGGGCUCGGCGGAGGCAGGACAGAAGGAGACGUCUACCUGCGACAUUUGCCAGUUUGGAGCCGAGUGUGAUGUGGAUGCAGAGGAUGUUUGGUGUGUGUGCAACAUCGACUGUUCGCAUAUCAGCUUCAACCCAGUGUGUGCCUCUGAUGGACGUUCCUAUGACAACCCAUGUCAGGUGAAGGAGGCCUCCUGUCAGAAGCAGGAACGCAUCGAGGUCAAAUACCUGGGCCACUGCCAAGGGGACAUCAUGAAUGGGAAUAAAGGUGGAGACAGACACUUUGCACGCACUGACUACACAGAGGACAAAGAGGACCUGAGGAAUGAGCUAGCCAGCGAUCGGGAUAUCCCCUGUCCGGAUAACUACAAGAACUACUGCGUCCAUGGAGACUGUCAGUAUCCCACCGUCCUGGCACAGCCCUCCUGCAGCUGUCAUUCCGGGUUCAGCGGUCCCCAGUGCGACACGAAGGAGUACAAUGUGAUGUACGUGGUGCCAGGCUCUGGGAAGCUGCGCUACGUCCUCAUUGCCUCCGUCAUCGGGGCGCUGCAGGUGGCCAUCAUCUGCGUAGUGGUGCUCUGCAUUACUAGGAAGUGCCCAAGGAGUAACAGGAUCAACCGUCAGAAGCAGAACAAUGUCCACUACAGUUCAGAGAACACCAUGCGCGCCUCUACCCGGCUUAUCUGAGCCUACACACCGGACACACAAGAUGGAGGAGGACCAAAAUGGAAACCCCCCCGCCCCCCACCCUCAUCAGAAGCGCUCUAAUUGGCGUUAGAUGUUCCCUCCGCAUAGACCAACCCUGAAAUUUAGGAUCUCCUACCCCUCGCCCGGGGCCCACUCUCCCAGUCUGAACCUUCGUAAGAGUGAGCAGGGAGGAUGGUGGCACAGGAAAGGCAAAGCCGGCAUCCUUGAUCAGCCGCGAAAGUCGCAUGUGGAUGAUGUCGUCAUUGGUUACCGCUGCCCCCCCCACCCUUUUUUCCCACCGCCUCAGCCCCCCCCCCCCACUCCCUCCACCAUGCUACCGAGGCGUUCCCUCAAAACAUGUCACCCCCACUCCCCACCCCACCUCUGCCCCCAGGGCUUCCUGAAAAACUGAACUACAGGGUCUUUGGAAG